AUGGUCCCAUUCGGAAAUAAAAGACAGUUUUCUUAUUUUUUUAUGCGUGUGUGUGAGUUAUUUUCUGAGUUAGAGGGGAGUAUGCGGGAUACUGCACUGGAUAAGUAUAACAUACAUUAUUAUACUGUAGAUGACUUAUUAAAGGACCCAGUGAUCGGCAGAGGUGUACAGGCACUGUAUAAGAAGAAUUACAUGUGAGUAGUAUAUAUUAUAUAAUGUGUAAUAAGUAAUGUUAAUGUGUAAUAAGUAAUAUUAAUGUGAGUAGUAUAUAUUGUAUAAUGUGUAAUAAGUAGUGACAUCUAUUAUAUAUAACACAGUGUGUGAUAAGUAGUGGUUAGUUUAUGAUAAUCUUAAAUUAUUCAAUAUGCAAUAACACGCCUAUUAUAUAUUGCACAGUGUGUAAUAAGUAGUGAAGUGUAUUAUAAUAUAUUGUACAGUGUGUAAUAAGUAAUGGCUAG